AUAACGAUGACCUCAUCUUGACCUGAGCUGGCUGAGUGAGCAUAAUGGCCGAAUCUGGAGCCGGUGAAGAUUGUAAACAUGACGAAGAAAAUAGUAAAAUGUCGGACGAAGAAUCAGAAUUCGAAGAUCAGGAUAGCAUUUAUGAAGUGGAGAAGAUCGUCGGAAUAUCAAAAGAAGGGGAUAAGACAUUGUACAAGGUGAGAUGGAAAGGCUAUGGAGUAGAUGAUGACACCUGGGAGCCCAAAGACAAUCUCCUCACAUGUGAAGACCUGAUAGACGAGUAUGUCGCCAAGGAAGAGAAGAAAAAGGCAGCCAAGAAAAUUAAGGGCCAGCCCCAAGAGAAAGAAGUCAAAGCCAGUUCAGGUAGUAAGGAACGGCAAGCUCCAAAACGGGGCGCUGGGCAGCCUAAGAACAAGAAAAAACGGAAACGGUCUCGGUACGAGGAGGAGGUUCCGGCUGCCGAGGAGCGAAGAGACAGAAAGAAAAGCCACAGUACAGAUGAGGAAGAGGAUGCCGACGACGAUGAUGACAAUGAUGAUGAUGAUGAAAAAGGGGGUGGGGAUGAGAGUGAUGGGGAAGAGGGGACGACGAUGGAUGGGGAGGGGGGCGUGAAAGGGGGAGGGCGACAGCAGAGACGGAAAAGGGGGGCGAAGAGGAUGAAGCAGGAGCCAAAGGAAAGCACUGACUCAGAAACUCCAGGAAUGUCCACAGGAAGUACAAAGGACAGUCAAAGCAAGGGAGGGCAAGAAACAAACGAGGGUGACAGUGUCGAGGAUGGGGAGGGGGCAAAGGAAGUGGAGAGUGGAAAGGAGGGGGAGGGGGAAGAGGGUAAAGGGGAGGAACAGAAGUCAGAGGAGAAGAAGGUCGGGGAGAAGAAGAAGGCAGCAGGACAGGUGAUGCAGCAGGAGGUAGUGGACGAGGAAGCCUUGCUGAAGGAUCCGUUCUGGGACCAGCUGGAAAAAGGACUCAUCGAAGUUUCUUUUGAAACCGACAUGUAUUCAAAGGUGAAAAACAGGAGAGCUGUGUUAGAUGCCAAACGGGAGGAGAAAGAGAGCAAGGAUAAAGAAGAUAAAAAGAGCAAGAAGAAGAAGAAAAAGAAAGAGCACAAGAAGGAGAAGAAAGCAAAGAAGGAGAAGAAGAAAGAUAAACACAAGAAGACUAAAAAGAUGGUGGAUCUAGAAAUGCUUGGUUCAUUAGAGAGUGCCACAAAGCGCACAUUGAUGAUGAGUCCCUCCGCCUUGGACACCUCGGCCAAUUCGGCCAACAUGUACCGGUCAACAGUGCCCUCAGAACAGAUCCUGACCAUAGCCCAGCUGGAAGAGAAGUCCAAGGAAGCAGCAUCGGUCUCGGGUGGCACGACCCCUUGCAAGCUGGAAUCCUUAGACUCAAGCUCCUCCUCGAGUUCAAGUACAAUCUCUCAAGAGAUCACACCAGAAUCACCAUCAUCAGAAAAACCGAUGGAUCCACAUUCUGCUUUCUUUGGAGACCUUUGUAAGAUGGAGCCAAAAACAGAAGCCUUAGAUAUCAAGGAUGAGACCAGUCAGCUCCAGGACUUUGCCAACAUCCUGCCAACUCCAGAAGUUGAUGAAGCUGAUAGGCAGAUCUGUGAUGCUGUCUUGACUCCCUUGAGUCCAUGCGAUGUUGACAGGGGGUUGGAAGACUUGCCGAGCGAAGAUCCUAGUUUGCAGGAGACCUCUAUCUUGAAUAGAUUAGGAGAAAGUGACUCCAAUAGUACAGUGCAGGCAUGUCCUAAGACAAAUCUCCUGGAAGAUGAUAAGCCAUUGAGCAAUCUACCCACACCACCUGAGGUGGACAAUCGAUCAAUGUUUAGUGUGUUACAAAGUGGUAGUGGAAGUGCAGAUACUGUUGCAAAACACCAGGAACCAUCAAGUACAGCAGGACAAUCUGCUCAAAGCAAUGUAUAUAAUGUGUAUCAUAGUGAACAUAGUAAAGUUGAUUAUAGAGUGCAAGAUGUGAACUUGUUUGGAAACUUAAGACCAGCCACGGGAAAUGUGCAAAUGGAUGUGAACAGUGCAAAGAAAGGAGAAUCGGGAGACGCAACAGGGCAUGGGAUGCAACAAAUAGCAUCGGAACCUUCGCCAUCAAACCAGUUUCAGCCUCCCACGCCCCCUGCGUCGCUCUUCUCCUCUUUUUCUGCUGCUGUUCCGAAACCCUCCCCUCUCAUGCCUCUGAGUGAGGGAACCCCAAAUAGAACUCCAGAUCUGAAAUCACCCCUGAACUCCCCACUAACACCACAUACCCCUAGCACAAGUUUUACACCCCAGGCAACGCCGCAAGGUACCCCUAGUCCAAAAUCAUACCUGGCAAGCCAGAAGAGCCCUCCAUUCCCCAAUGCCAGUCCAAGUGGUGGUGGUCGGAAUGCCUUUGAAAAGAUUCAGACAUUUCAGCUCUCCUCCGCUCAUGGAAGAAACAGUGCCAAAGUACAAAGUCUCAAGGACAAACUGAGCAAAUACGUUUCACCGACAUCCAGGAAAGAGGAUAGUUUGUCCAGUGAGAAAAGCGAUAUCAGCCAUGAUCAGCAGCAGCAACAGCUUAACCAGUUACAAUCAGGACAGUUGUCAGAGCUGCGUGUUGACACAGGCCUCGCCAACACAUACAGGUCAUCGGAUGUUGCUGGUCAGCCUCAACCUCUGUCUCAGAUUGAGAGACAGAUCCAGAGAAUAGAUACACAGGAAACGGAUCGGACUGCAGACAAAGGACCGCCUUUGAGUCAUCCCGCACCUGGCACGUUACCUCUGAACCAAGAGAGUGGCAUACCAGAACCUCAGAGACAGGAUUCCCUUGAAGGACUGCUUGGAAAUGGCAUUCCUUCAUCUAAUACAGCACAGGGGAUGGGAUCUCUUGCAACCUAUGACGGUCUACGGCAAGCCAUCAAGGGGGGCAACACCCAGGGCGUGGUCCACAUGCUCCAGCAGACCGGUCCCCGAGCCCUGGAGGAGGUGGAUAACAUGGGAACCACGCCCCUGAUGCUGGCCUGCUCCCUGAACCAGGACGGUAUCGUCAAGGCUCUCAUCCUCAACGGGGCCAUCGUCAACAAGACGCACAAGAACGGCAUGACGCCGCUCAUGAUGGCUGCAGAAAAGGGUUACACAUCAACAUUAGGUAUCUUGUUAGAAGCAGGAGCUUACAUCAACUCUACAACACCAGCUGGGGAAUCGGCACUCAUGCAGGCUUGUCGGAGAGGUCAUAAAGAUGUGGUAAGACUAUUACUGGAGUAUGGAGCCAAUUGGAUGGUGACGGCCAGAGAUGGGUCGUCGGCACUGGGGUUUGCAAUGCAUCAUGGUCAUCGGAGUGUCCAAGACAUGCUCCAUGCACAUGUACAGAGACUGUGCUGUAAGUUAGAAGAAACGGCAAGCCAGUUCCUGUAUGGCACAGCGAGACUCCUCAAGUCUGUCUUUCCUCUGCACUGCUACAGACUAAGGGAAGCCACGGAACAUCUAGCACUUGUCUCAUUCGAUGCCAAUAACUACUACUGCUACCAAGGUAGUGGUAUGCUACUAUUUCUUGCCCAAGCCACCCUGGGUCCCGGAUGGAGUAUCAGCUGUAAGCUCUCCGGAUCCAGUUACAUCAAACAAGUCCUACUUAAUGGAAGAAAUCUACCUCAAUUAACUCAGGGAAGCAAUUUUGUGCUAUCCUAUACUCCUAGAAGUGGGCAGAAUGUUUUAACAAUCUCAACAGUUCCUGAUCCAUAUACCAAUACUCUCUUGCUUGUUGGAGCCUACACAGUCCAGAUUGGAACCCACCCCACUGCCAUGCACUAGACUCCAUCAGCCAGCUGUUCCUUUCCUAAUCACUGCCACAGACUACACUAGUUUUUGAAGAGCUGUCCAUCCAUCACAACCUGCUAAACCACUGUCAUACCAAGCCUAUGUGUCUUAAUGUGGUAGCUAUAUAUAGAGAGAACUAUUUAUCGUGUCUGUAUGAGGUGUGUCUGGUUCAAUAAACAAUGUCGUAGUUUCAUCUUAUUUUUUUUACAAAGGUUGUCGGCUGUUAGGCAAGGCUUUUGUGAAUGAUAGAAAGUUUGCAUGAUUGAAGGAAAGGCAUGACUGUUCAAUUUGAAGCUGAUGUACAUCAAGCACUCACAUACAUGUGAUUUUGAUCUAAUAUGACUUGGGCAUACGUAGAUUCAACAGGAUUAUUUGUGAUAUAAGUACCGUACUAGAACUCAAACGAGUAGUCAUUGAUGAUGACUUCUUUUUUUCAUGAAAAUGUUCUGAAGGUUUACACAGUCAAUGUGAUAGGAAGGUAUGCUUUUAGGGGGCAAAAACCGAUGGAGGAUUUACAUCACCUUGUUCGCCAAAUUUACUUUUGCGGCUCUGAUUGUACUUAACUGUUAUGAUUUGGGUUCGUGCCUGUAUAUGCAGAUUAUCUGCAGGUUUAAAUGAAUGAUUAUUCAAUCUUGAUGUGACAAGGUUCAGCAAUGUGUGUGUGUACGAGGUCAUACGUAUGUAGGGCAUCAAAAAAAUGUAGAUGUAAGCGGCUUUCUUCUGUGUAGCCUUGUGAAAAUGUAAGCAAGGCUGCAAAAAUUCAGAUUCAUUUAAAGGGGAAGUUCAUCCUGACAACAAGUUUAUUUGAAAAAUAGCAC